AUGAAAAGUGCAUAUACUGAUUACAUUUAUGUAUUGAAUCCAGAGGAGCCAUUUUUGCUUGAAGAAUUUUCAAUUUUGGAAGAAAAAAACGAAGAAGGUAUUGUAUACAGAUGGAGCGCAUGGUUUUAAUACCUUCCCUUAAGUUCAUCAACAAAGGCUCAAUCGAUUGGAAUACUUGAUAGCAAUUGCUAUCAUUUAUUUAGUUCUGUGGAUCAGAAAUCCAAAAGUUUAAACUUUUUGCAUUACGAUUGCUAAAAUCCUAUAGAAAUGAAAAUUCAAAAAAUAAUUAAAUUUAUUGGAAAUGAUGGUUUGCAAUAUAGUUUUGAAAUGAACAUAAAUAAUUUUGAAUAUGAAAAUUAAUGGUAUUAUUUUGAUUUCAUCUAUUUUCUAUACAAUAAGAAAUUUUAGAUAAUAUUUAUAAAAAAUGAAUAAAUAAUACAGGAUAAAAUUUUGAAUAUUUUACCCUUUGAAGAUAUAAAUUUACUCUAAAAAAUUGGAGGUGAUUUGAUAGUUGAAGAUUCAAAAAUAAUCAAUAUUAGAAAAGGUGAUAAAUUUGCUUCAUUUCCUGGUAAAAUAAUGCCAACUUAUAAUGAUAACAAUAUUAAAAAUUUUGCCUUAGCUGCAAUUACUUUAUCAAGAUCUCGGAAAGCGUGUAAAUGUUAAAGCAACCCAGUAAAAACAUUAAUGGAUUCAGAUUUCUAUGAGUUAAAAACAUUAAUUUAUACUUCGAAAUUUUCUAAUUGUAAUUCUUUUAUUUUUUCUGGAUGGUUUAAGAUUAAUGAAAUAAUAAAAAUAGAUUAGGAAAUGACUUUUUAAUUUAUUAAGUUGAGUUCAAAUAUGUAAAAUAAUUAGCUAUAAAAUUAAAACCUAUCUCCAUUAUAAUUAUUUUAUAAGCUUUCCUAAGAUAUUAAUAAAGUAGUUAUAACCACCUACAGCUAUACAUUUCCUUCAGUUACAUAAGAUUUUACUAAUGACCCUUUUCUAAUCAUCAAAGAAUUUAACAUUAAUAAUAAUAUAUCUUUAUGGCAUCUUUUAUAUGUAAGAUUAAUCGAAGAUAAUUUAAAUAUUAUAUUAAAAUUUUAUGAAAAAUAACAAGUUUAUGAAUAUAAUACAUAACUUGUUGUGAAGUAAUUUCAUUAAAUAUAUUAUAAGUUGUUUUUAGGUAAUUUUUAAUAAUAAUAAACAAAUUAUCUUAAUAUGAUAGGCAGAAAUCUUUAAUUUCUUAACUGCAACUAAAAUUUUUAAUAAAAAAAUUGUCAUAUUAGUUGUGGAGAUUGUGAUGGUCCUACUUAUUAAGAUUGUUUAUCAUGUUCAGAGGAAUCUCAUAGAAUAUAUUGUAUUAAAAUUCAUUCAAACUAAUAACAAUUCUAUUUUAUAAAACUUAUGA